CUAUUUCUCGGUCUUCUCUCAUCUCUCCAUUUAUUAUCUCUCCGCUACAUCUCUCGGGAUAUAUAAAUAUCAGAUCGCAGAACACUCCGAACAAAAAACUUGAUCGCUGCUCCUGUCUUGAUACCCACACCUAAUGGAGUGCCACGACCACGAAGACUCCCCCAAAUCCGCGCGAACCCCAUCCCCACCAUCCACCGCCACUUCUACCUGCUGCAAAUGCGGCGGUCCCACCACCUUCGCACCACCGCCACCGUUCUCCGAAAUCAGCCCUCCACCGACCUACCGCCCCAUCCGCGCUCCGGCGAUCAACCUGCCCCCAAACAACCCUUCACAGCAGGCCAUAAUCCUCGCCCCCGUUCCCCAGUCCCAAAAUGUCCCACUCGUCUCCCCUCCCUACCACUUCCAAGUCCCCAACAAAAGAAUCCAAUCCCCCAACGACAUCCGCCGCUUCCAAGAAUCUGAUUCCGGCAAGAACUUUCUCGGUUUCAUCGUCGCUCUCUCCGAGUCAAUCCGCUCCCGCAAAUUGUCAGACCCAUGCCACGUGUCCCCCACAAUCAGCUCCAUCGUCUCCACCCUCGAAACCCUAAUUCGCUGGAUCGACGAAAUCCCUCCGCUCCAGCAAGCAUCUCGCUACGGUAACCUCUCUUACCGAGCGUGGCAUGACCGCCUCACCGAGAGCAGCGAGUCCUUGAUGCUUAAUUUUCUCCCCGAUGAUCUCAAUUCCGCCACGAUCGAGAUCGUCCCGUACUUCACCGACAGUUUUGGGAACUCGAGUCGCAUUGACUAUGGUACCGGCCACGAGACUAACUUCGCCGCUUGGUUGUACUGCAUAACUCGGUUGGGGCUUAUCAUGGAGGAGGAUUACCACGCAGUGGUGGCUAGGGUUUUCGUGAAGUAUCUCGAAUUAAUGAGGAAGUUGCAAUUGGUUUAUUGCCUGGAGCCUGCGGGUUCGCACGGGGUUUGGGGCCUCGACGACUAUCAUUUCCUGCCGUUUAUCUUCGGGUCGUCACAACUGAUCGAUCACAAGUACAUGAAGCCCAAGUCGAUUCAUAAUCAGGACAUACUGGAUAAUUUUUCGAAUGAGUAUCUUUACCUUGCGUGCAUUGCGUUUGUUAAGAAGGUGAAGAAGGGUUUGUUCGCGGAGCACUCGCCGUUGUUGGAUGAUAUAAGCGGAGUGCCUACUUGGAACAAGGUCAAUAGCGGGUUACUGAAGAUGUAUAAGGUGGAGGUCUUGGAGAAGGUCCCUAUCAUGCAGCAUUUUCUAUUUGGUACACUUAUCAAAUGGGGAUAAGCCAUCCUGCAAUAGCCAAUUUUAUAGAUGUGUAUAACAUAGAAGUUUUACAGAAUCCAACUUAUAAAGAAUGUGUAGGAUCUCUCUCGGUCAAAUCACUUGAAGUUGCUACUUGCCGGAAUUAUUUUGUAAUUCAUAUCUUGUAGUUUUGUAUUUUGCAAUGUAAUAUAAUGUGGAAAUAACAAAAUAGUGUAAUAUGUAGUGAAUUUCGUGCAAUUUAGUUUUUCAUUUUUAUAUAUUUUUAUUAUUCUGAAAAA